AUGUACACCGGUCAGAACACUGGCCAGAACACCGGUCAGAACACUGGCCAGAACACCGGUCAGAACACUGGCCAGAACACCGGUCAGAACACUGGCCAGAACACAGGUCAGAACACUGGCCAGAACACCGGUCAGAACACUGGCCAGAACACCGGUCAGAACACUGGCCAGAACACCGGUCAGAACACUGGCCAGAACACCGGUCAGAACACUGGCCAGAACACCGGUCAGAACACUGGCCAGAACACCGGUCAGAACACUGGCCAGAACACCGGUCAGAACACUGGCCAGAACACCAGUCAGAACACUGGCCAGAACACCGGUCAGAACACCGGUCACAACACCGGUCAGAACACUGGCCAGAACACCGGCCAGGACACCGGCCAGAAUACCGGCCAGAACACCGGCCAGAACACCUGCCAGAACACCGGGCAGAACACUGGCCAGAACACCGGCGAGACCACUAGCCAGAACACCGGCCAGAACACCGGCCAGAACAUCGGCCAGAACACUGGCCAGAAUACUGGCCAGAACACCGGCCAGAACACCGGCCAGAACACCGGCCAAAACACUAGCCGGAACACCGGCCAGAACACCGGCCAGAACAUCGGCCAGAACACUGGCCAGAACACCGGCUAG